GUUCCUGUCUUCUACCAAGUGCAGCCCAUGAUGCAAAAGCCUGCCCAGACUCCGCAAUGCACGCCGCAGGCCAGGCCGGCGUCCUUGAUGCCAGUUGCAGUGGCCUUCGCGCAGCCUGCUGUUACUUCUCACGUGUGUGCGGUUCAAGAUGUGCGCAAGCUGCACGAGCAGGUGCAGAUCGAAGAGGAGUCUGUGAAUGCGUCGAGCGCUGUCUCCACCGAACAGAAGGCCACCGAAUCCGAUGACAACGACGAGCUCUCAAGCUUGAGCUCAGAGGAGUCUUUUCGCCGUGCUUUGAGCGCUCUGCCGGAGCUUGCUGAACCCCUUCCCGUGGAGCGCACCUUCAUUCAGUUCAGCACCCGAGCGAUCAUCCACCGUCGUCGUUCUCGUUCAGUUUGA